GUCACAGCGGCUGCACGUGCCCGCUGCGCAAUGACUAGUAAACUGUUUGCACUUGUAGCGCUGGCUGCACUCGCGGCCGUUCACGCUGACCCACCGCGACCGCGACUCAUUGACUUCAACCCUUGGUCCUGGAUUCCCAGCAACCGUAAUAAAUCUCCGUCUAUCAUGGACUAUUUCUUUCCACCAUCCAGAACCCCCAAAAAUUCAAAUCUAGAUCCACCGGCCGAUAGGCAGCCUCCAACUGUUUUCACGAUACAAGAUAAUACUCCAACAAUGACCACUAUCCAAGAACGUCCUACAACGGUAGCUAGAAAGUCCCAUAAUAAAAUUAAAACAACCGUGUCAGUUUUUCGUCCAACUGCGACAGCUCCUCCAAAAACGAAAAAAUCAUCCCAAAAACACGUUGCCACUGAUACAACUAUUGAGAUUAAAACAACACCAGCAAUAAAGACUGAGACAUUUCCACCGACGACAACAACUGUUACAUCUUCAGCUAAGCCACCAAAAAGAUAUUCCAUCAAACCGGUGCGAACCACAGAAACCCCGACGGUUCAAGAUACAGAAUCAACUGUGAAUGUAAACAGCGAUAGCACGGAGACGGUCAUUGGUACUGAAACCUCAGGUACAACAGCUGAAAUUACAAAAGAAACUGCUGUGACAUCAAAUAUUGCUACGGAGACUCGUACAACAGAUUCAAACACGGGCACAGAAACAACCAUAAUGGCGGAAAGCACUGUAACGGAACCGGCGGACAGUCGUGAGGGCUACUUACCAUUGCGGGACAAACCACACCAAACCCACGUCAAGAUCAACGAGCAGACAAAUAAAGAGACGGUGCCAUUGCCGGCUGGUUCCACCAACGUACUAGCCAAGCCGACCAAAUACCAUUACUAUCCGCACAAUCAACACAUCUAUUUACUACCGGAGUGUGCUAUUCAACAGGUAUGCAACGCUGUAUACGUUCGUUUGAAUUACACACAGCCUUUAUGCGCUUGUCCAGCUCGGUACAGAGACCCAUGCUCGGCGAGUUUGAACGCGGAUGACCUGCAUACCACUCGCCUAACCACCGAUUCCAAAAAGAAGUAUGCAAAGAAGGCUGUAACAUUGGUUAAGACAUGCGAAGCUGUUUCCGAGAUGCGAGAAUGUCGUGCACCACGAGACUGGUCGUUAUUGGCGUUGCAAAAUAUACGGACAGGAAAAUCGCACUAUUUAGUUAUAUGCCGAUGUCCCGAAACUCAUAUUCUAGAGGGGCCGAUGUCUCACGAUCAGCCGACGUAUGCUUCGGUGCCUGGUAUAAGGGUCUACGGUAUGAUGUGCGUUCGACCGACCACAGCUUAUCACUCCAGUUUCAACAAUCGAUACACACCGAGCGUUCAGAGCACCACGAGCACGUACAAAGUGGACUAUUCUCAAGCCCACUCCUACGAUAAACCCGUCUACAAUAGAUAUCAUACGCACAGCUAUUUAGAUUCAAACUUCUACAAUAGACGGUCUAGAGCUGCACGCGUAAGGCGAAUGACAUCAGAAUACCCUCCUUUCCCAUGGUAUAAGGUAAAGGAAUUGGCACGAUCGUUACAUUGGAUCAAUUAAGAACAAACUUAUCUUAUUGUUGUAAAAGUAGGUUGGGUUCAAGAUGGCCGUCUGCCUCGUUGAGCCCAACGAAAACUUACAAUAUUGAUAACAAAACGCUUUUAGCUUUCUCAUACCAGUUUAGUUACGUCCGAUUCAUUAAUAAUCGUAUUGUAGUGUUGGAUGCAUUUAGUAGUUUUACGAUUCUUCUGUACCUUCCCAGCAUUUUAUUUUAUAAGUUCUAAUAUCCGUAGAAUAAUUUAAUACUCAUAAGUUAAUGCUCUGCCAGAAAGCCAUAGAUUUAAGGACAAGUAUUGGACCGUUUUAGACGACAAUGGUUUAUUUGGUGAAUGUAAUUUUAGUUAUAUUUUGUACACAAAAUAAUGUGAUACGUAUUCAGUGUUUUUGUGUAUUACAAUGCAUUUAUUAUUUAAGUUUUUAAGUAUACGCAAUAUUUAUAUCAAACCAUAUAUCUUAGACGAAUCGCUUUGUAAAUAGUAGAAUUAAUUACAAUAUUUGUAAUUAAAAACAAAUAAAAUAAUAUUAAAUAAA